AUGGAGGGGCUCUCAGAACGCGACAGGAGCGCGUAUUUCCGGCGACACUUUGCAGGGGAGGCGCAGGCGCGGCACGCUUUCCACCUGAUGCAGAGCAACGCGGCGCUGUUCCGCUUGGGCGCGGGCGCCCGCGGUGUGCUGGACGGUGUGCCCCUGUCUGCGGCUGCAGAUGCACCGGGGCGGGGACUCCCGCCCCACCUGCCAGACCGCCAGGGCGCUGCGGCUGCGCUUCCUCUGCAGCCGGUUCGCGCCCGCGCGGGGCAGUUGCCCGGGGCCUGGCGUCGCCGCUGCGCUGUGCACCGUGCCUGCUGGCGGCUGCGAACUGUGGGCNUCUGCAGCCGGUUCGCGCCCGCGCAGGGCAGUUGCCCGGGGCCUGGCGUCGCCGCUGCGCUGUGCACCGUGCCUGCUGGCGGCUGCGAACUGUGGGCGCACAGCGCGCUGUGCGAUGCGCACGACCUGCGCCGGCUGCGCGUGCACGAGUCGGCCCUGCGCCCUUUCCUGGACGGGGGCAUCCUCCAGAAGGGCCGAGACUGCCAGGGCUGCUACUGCUUCGUCCGCCCGAGCGUCCAGCUCCUGGCCACCGCGUUCUACGUUCUGCGGGGCGAGGACGGCCAAGACGCGGGGAGCCCCACCUGGACAUCAGGUGUGCAGAGGCUGCUGUCCAAGGAAGAAGGACUCAAGAACCCCCACCUAGCCCCCGUGGGGCGCUUCCUGUUCGGCCUCGCCAAUGAAAAGAGGGCCAGGGAGCUAGGGACGACCUUUGGCUGCCCGGUGUCCACGGAGGUCAAGCAGGAGCUACUGGAAUGCAGAGUAAGGUCCGCCCAGAACAGACACUUCUCCUCGGUGCCUGACACAAAGGAGACUUUGUACUGUCUCUACAAAUCCCAGGAGGAGCCGCUUGUGAAGGAGGCCAUGGCCCAGGUCACCGAAGUGGCCCUGUCCCUGCAUUUGCAAGAUGCCUCAGACAUCGUGCACGCAUCCUUCUGCCUCAAGCACUGUGAAAACUUGCAGAAAAUGUGGCUGCGGGUAGAAAGGGGAUGUUCCUGGAGAACGAUGCUGCAUGGGAACCAGAGGCUCAGGCUGACGGGUUCCGGAAUGAUCACUCCGUGCUUCCUUUCUGGAUGGAUCCUUUUUCCACGUUCGACUCAAACAAGAAUCUGGUGUUUCUGGACAUCAGUCAGAGCUUCCUGAGUUCCUCCUCAGUGAAACUGCUUUGUGAACAAAUAGCGUCUGCUACCCAUAAUCUUCCGAAAGUGGUGCUGGAGACUUGUUCUGCCACCACCCAGCCCUGGGCCCAUCUCUCCUCCUCCCUCAAGAUCAGCGAGUCCCUCCUGUGCCUGGACCCCACAGCCAGUGAGCGGCCAGACAAGAGUGCCAGGUUGCUGUGCACGACUCCAAGACACCAAGGUGCAGGCGCAGAGGCUGUCGUAA